AUGUCCACGUGGGAAGACAGGGUCCGCGCUCGCACGGAGCGGCUGUGUCAGCUGCCGGACACAUCACUCGAGGAGAUCGAGACCACGUCAGCACAGCUGAGGCGGCUGCUGGAGGAGGGAUGUAGCGCGGGAUGCGCAAGUUCGCGGAAACCGACGGCAGAAAAAGGAGACGCAGUAGAAUUCGGGCCUCCUGCGGCUCGCUCUGCCGUGAAUGGCGCUGCGGACGCUGUUGGAGAAGACUCGGAAAGAGAGGGCUAUUCAGCUCGAGAGCAGAGUCGGGAGCGCGCCAUGUGGCACGUGCUGCAGCUGCUGCUGUCAAGUCACAAGGCAUCACUCCUCAUCGAUCGUGCCUUGUGGGAAAUCCUCCACUUCCUAUCCUCGCCUCUUCCCUCCUCCCUCCCCUCCCUCCUCCACUUCUCCUCCUUCCCUCCCUCCUCCCAUCCUUCCUCUCCCUCCUCCUCGCCAUCCCACAUACCACCUGCACCAGCGGACGACUCCCCUCGCUGCUGCGCACUAGCAUGCCGGGCAGUGGGGGAGGUGGCAUCUGGGGCACGCGACACCCGCGAGGUGCAUGCUGCUCUCGUGGAGGGGCUGUCUGGGGCCUUGAGGCGGGCUGCACUGGUGGGGGAGUGGGAGGGAGAGGGAGAAGGGGGGAAAGGGGAGGAGGGGGGAGGGAAGGAAGAGGAGCGUUGGAGCAGCGAUCUGGCGUCGCUUGGGACCCAGCUAGCCCUCUUGACCGGGCUGCAUACCUCUCUGCCCCGCAUCCCCCGGCAGCGCCAUCGCUUCUUCAUCGACUUGGCGCCGCUCCUCCUGCACCUCGCCCAGCGGGCCUCACACCAUGCCGUGCUGCCAUCUCUCCAAACAGCGCUGCCCGCACCACCACCACGGCCACCGCCCCACACACACACACCCCUUGCUCCCUGCACCACCAGCUCUCAAACUCCCAAAUCCACUCCUUCUCUCCCCUCGCUCUCCCCUCUUUCGGCCGAGCUCUUCCUUCCUCCCCCUCCUCCCAGCCCCUUCGCACCACCACCACCGCACCCCACCCCUUCCAUCACACCACCCAUGCAAGCCACUCCUCAUAUCACACCGCCUGCUCCCUCCGUCCCUCCCUUCCCUCCCGGCAAUCGCUCCAUAAUUCCACCACCAUCUCACAUCACUCCUGCCAUCACACUACCUGUGCAAGCCACUCCUCAUAUCGCAGCAGAUGCUCCCUCCAUCCCUCCCUUCCCUCCCGGCACUCUCUCCAUGAUCCCACCCUCACCUCACGUAUCUCCCGCCAUCCCACCUCCCAACCCCACCGCACCUGCUCCCACCCCUUUCGUAUCUGCUCCCACUCCACCUGGUCCUGCCCCCACCAGCACUCCCCCCUUCCCUCCCGGCACCCGCUCUAUCAUCCCAGACCUCCUUCAAACUCCCAGCAGCACCACAGAGGCAGCAUGGCUGAUAGAAGCAGGGGCGCAGGCACAGGCACAGGCACGGGAACGGGCACAGGCAUCAGCAGCAGCAGCAGCAGCAGCAGCAGCAGCAGCAGCAGCAGCAUCAGAGCAGGCUCGAUCGGUGGUGCUGAGAGCACAACAGGUGGUGCUGCCAGUGCCAAGGCGCCCUCUCUCCUCCCCUCCGUGGCCCUUCUCUCUCUCACUGUCUGCCACUCCUCGUCCCACCUUCACGUGUAACGACUCCACUGCCGUAGAAACGGUGACACGUGUCGCGUCGUCAUUGGCCAGCGUGAUGAUGUCAGCGAUCGGCUCAUCUGCGCUGCGCCGGGCGGCACACCGCGCCAUGCUGGCAGUGCUGCGGGCGGCGACGACAGAUAAGGAGCGCCUGGAGUGCGUUAAGAGGCUGAUUGUGGAAUACAGAGAAGAGAGCAUGCUGGUCGCUCUCCUCGUGUCAUUCGCCAAGGACGAAGUGGACCUAGCAUGGCCUCGCUUGCUGCACUCUGCUGCACCAUCCACGUCAGCCCCCCCACCGUCCACGUCAGCCCCAGUUUCACCGCCUUCAGAAGCACCCACAAGCUCCCCCCUCCACCACCCCCUCUCCCCUCCCCCUCUCCCCACCUUCGCCUCUCCAGCCAUCCUCUCCCUACUAGACGUUCUCCUGGACCCCUCAGCUUCAACCCUCCGUGCCGCCAUCGCUACUCAUGCCCGCUCCCCCACUGCUAAACAACCCUCGCCGCCCAUCGCCUUCCGCCUGCCGGAUCACUCAGAUGCCCUCACUGCAGCGCUCAACCUCCUGCGCUUCCUGCUCCUCAGAGAGCAACAAGCCACCACCACCAUUCACUCCCCCGCCCCCCUGCCCUCUCCUUCCCCCCCGCACUCACUCCUCUCCCCCACAUCGCUCCGCACCAAGCCCAGCCUGUAUCGCGCCCGAAAAUGCUGGCUGCUGCCUCUGCGCUCUUCCGCCCUCGCCGCUCGGGAAUCCCUCGAAUCCAGGAGACCACGGGUGGCUGGUAGAGCAGGGAAGGGUAGGGGGAUAGGGUGUGGGCACGGGAAACAUGGGCAUGGAGGGGAGAGGGACUUGGGAACAGGCACGAGUGGGAAUGAAGAGAGGGGGAGAGGGAAUGAGGAUGAGGAGGAGGAUGAGGAGGAUGGGGAGGAGGGGGCAGAUUCCCUGGAGGAGCAAGCAUGGGUGCAGGAGUGGAUGGGAGUGGAGACGGCGCUGUCACUGGUUGCCAGAUGCCUGGAGCUUGUGGAGGCUGACGUAGAUCUACCAAAGGCGCUUCCACCUUCCCCCGACCGUCCAGCAGCCGCCGUAGCGAUGAGGCGCUCCAAGGUCCUCCUGGUCCUCCUCGCCCUCUCGCUCGUCGUAUCCCACUCGCUGACGCAGCCGUGCCGCGCGAAUGAGAUCGAUGCUGAGGACGACGCCGACGAUGAUUUGUUGGAUGACGUCAGCGUGGAUUCCGCCGCGUCGCCUCCUGGUACGUUGGAGAUUUCAGGAAAUUCUCUUAAGAAGCUCCCCAUGGUCGUUUCUCUCCUUGCCGCCCGGCGAGGGUGGUAA